AGCUGAGUGGCGAGUGCUGAAAGCUCGGCACCGCUUUCCAUCUCUUCUUUCCGCACUGCGAUUCCGUUUGGAGACGGUCCUCUUUGGCGGACACGUACUAGCCCACCUGGACAGAGGUUUUCAUCAGGACACGGAAACGUGUUAAAAGGAGUCUCGUGCAAACGACAAAUGCACGAGACCCGAGGCCGGUGCCCCCAGACCCGACGGGGAGGGAGACAAGCAGAGCAGUGAUGGGACAGUUCUCGGGAGGAUGCUACCUGAGUUUUUUCGUCUUUGUGCUUCUUGGUUCGCAGGUGCCGACCACAUUAGCGAGAGGUCAACGAGGUGAAGCCCUCCAGCAUGGACAAUCUGGGACCCUGCCUCACUUCCUGGAGGAGCCUGUCGAUGCCUACAUUGUCAAAAGUAAUCCCAUCAAGCUCCGGUGUCAAGCUCGGCCUGCACUGCAGAUCUUCUUCAAGUGCAAUGGUGAAUGGGUCCACCAGAGCCAGCACAUGUCUCAAGAGCACACUGACCUCACAACAGGGUUGAAGAUCCGUGAAGUGAUGAUCAACGUGUCGCGUCAGCAGGUGGAGGACUUUCAUGGCCCAGAGGACUACUGGUGUUUGUGUGUCGCCUGGAGUCACCUGGGAACUUCCAAGAGCCGCAAGGCAACAGUCCGGAUUGCCUACCUGCGGAAGAACUUUGAGCAGGACCCCCAAGGCACUGAGGUGCCUCUGAAUGGCAUGAUUGUGUUGCAUUGUCGUCCCCCAGAGGGAGUGCCUGUGGCUGAGGUGGAGUGGCUGAAAAAUGAGGAAAACCUGAGCUUUGAUGAUGGUAAUGUCAUGGAGAAAAAAGGUGACCACAACCUCAUCAUCUCAGAGGCCCGGCUGUCUGACUCUGGAAACUACACCUGUGUUGCCAGCAACAUUGUGGCCAAGCGACGCAGUGCCACUGCUACUGUUAUAGUCUAUGUGAAUGGCGGCUGGUCAUCCUGGACGGACUGGUCUCCCUGUAACGUGCGCUGCGGUCGAGGUGUGCAAAAGCGCUCUCGCACUUGCACAAAUCCAGCGCCUCUCAAUGGUGGAGCCUUCUGUGAGGGCAUGUCAGUACAGAAGAGUACUUGCAACACAGUGUGUCCAGUGGAUGGCGGCUGGGGAGAGUGGAGUGAGUGGUCAGCGUGUAGUUCGGACUGCGAGAGGCAGCGCAGCAGAGAGUGUACGGCUCCGGAGCCCAAGCAUGGGGGGCGACUGUGUGACGGGGUGGCAGUGGCUACAGAAAACUGCACAGGCGGCCUCUGUACACAGAAUCGGAAGUUGCUGCAUGAUGCCAAGCCACAAGGUGUGGAGAACAGCAGUGACGUUGCCCUGUAUUCAGGCCUGGCAGCAGGGGUGGUGACAGUUGUACUGCUCAUCGUCGCUGUCACUCUUUACCGAAGAAGCCAGAGUGAGUACGGUGUGGAUGUCAUUGACUCCUCCGCCCUCACCGGAGGCUUUCAGUCCUUCAGCUUCAAGACCUCUCGUCAAGCAAAUCCUCUGCUUAUUAAUUCAUCCAUGCAACCUGAUCUGACAGUGUCACGUACCUACACCAGCCCCAUGUGUUUUCAGGACUCCAUUGACAAGGAGCUAAUGGCUGAGCGCUCACUCCUUGACCCGUUGCCUGAUCUUAAGGUUAAAGGGGUGACGGAAAGGGCAGAGUACCACGUCAUGUCCCACCCUCAGACAUUUCCAAGGGGACUGGCUCCAGACUAUAGAGGGGUUGCAGUGGGGACAACACUGGGCAGAAGAGGCAAAAACCUUUUCAGUCCACACGUCUCUCUGACUCCCCGCCUGCCUCUGCACAGAGCAACUGCAGUGUUUGGCCAUGCUGGAGGCAGGCUCGUGGUACCCAACACAGGUAUCAGCCUGCUGGUGCCUCACGGGGGGAUUGCAGAAGACACUACCUGGGAGAUGUACAUGAGCAUCAACCAGGAGGACAGCAGUACUGUGUCCGACGAUGGGCCAGAGAUCUUUUUGAGCCCUGCAGUGACAUAUGGCCCACCAGGCCUUGACCUCUCCUAUCCAAUAGCCAUGACCAUAGCCCAUUGUGCAGAUGUUGCUGCUGAUAAUUGGACCAUCCGGCUAAAGAGACACAUCCAAGACAACAAGUGGGAAGAAGUGAUGUCUGUAGACGAGGAGAGCACCUCCUGUUACUGUCUGCUGGAGUCCCAGAAGUGCCAUGUGCUGUUGGAGCAUCCAGGUCGCUACGCUCUGGUGGGGGAGCCGCUGAAUCAGGAGGCAGGCAAGCGUCUGAGGCUGGCUGUGUUUGGUAGUCCGGAUGCCAGCAACUCUCUGGGCUUCACCCUCAGGGUUUACUGUGUGGACGACACACCCCAUGCAUUUCAGGAGGUGGCAGUGGGCGAGCGCAGCAGGGGUGGGCGGCUGCUGGAGGAGCCUAAAAUGAUGCUGUUUAAGGCGAACACUUUCAGCCUCCAGGUAUCCAUCCAGGAUGUCCCACAGUUGCUCUGGAGCAUCAAGCCUUUCACCACCUGCCAGGAGUUCUCCUUUUCUCAGGUGUGGGCCAGUAACCAGCAUCCCCUGCAGUGUGCCUUCACUUUGGAGCGAUACAGCCACUCCUCGUCUCAGCUCUCCUGCAAGAUCAGCAUCCGACAGGUCACGGGCAAGGAGCAGAUACUACAGGUCUACACGUCUGUAGUGGAGAAUGAAAAGGGAGUGGUUCCCUUUUUCACGCAGUCGGACUGUACCAUCACCUCCCAGACAGGGUCAAGGGCCUUUAAAAUCCCCCUGUCCAUCCGUCAGCGGAUCAGCGCCACCUUUGACACCGCAAAUGCCAACGGGAAGGACUGGCAGCUCCUGGCUCAAAAGCUCCACAUAGACAGGAACUUGUGCUACUUUGCAUGUCAGGAGAGCCCGUCAUCAGUGAUUCUGACUCUAUGGGAAGCCCAGCACCAGGAUUCUGGGGACCUGGAUUCUUUGGCCAGUGCCCUGGAAGAAAUCAGCAAGGUUCAUUCCCCUAAGGCGGUCUCUCUCAGCUGCAGCAAAGAGGAACGGGACUCUGAAUUCACAAAACUGGCGUAGAGUGGCUGCACAUCAGAUGAAAAUGAUGAACCUUUACUGCAUGAACAUUUAUGUUCAGGUGUAGUAACUAACCUACAGUGAGGUGGAGGAGAUGCACAGAGGCCAGCAGGGCAACUUAAUUAUUGACUGUUACUAAAGGAACACCUCUGUUAAACCAAAUGAACCAUAGAGGCAGAAGGAAAUCAGGAAAUGACCAAGAGAUGUGUUAUUAGGAGGCACCAACAAACUUUGGAAAGGCAUCUCAAAUUGACACACAAACACACACACAUUCAUCUUUCAUUGAGAAAUGUCAACUUCUGGUACUUCUGAAGACCAAUUUGAUACCCAAGCCUGUGAAAAGAAGACAAAGUGUGUUUUAAGCAAGCUGCCAAUCAGGUUGGUGCCGUGACCUCCCAGGAUUGGAUGUGCCGGUACUUGCCCUCAAACAGUCAUCUGGGCUGUCAAAAUGUUUAGUGUAAUCCCAUAUUUUCUUUAUGUCACUGACACCUCAUGCUUUUUUUUUCUUUUCUGCACAUAUUUCUGCUGAAGCUUUUUAAAAACACAAAGAAAAAAUGAAUAUUGGCUCUUUAUUUUGUCAGAACAUCUUGUUCCACAGUGAUCAGUAUAUAAAAGGACCUGGAGUCCACAUGCUAAGGAGAUGGAGAUUUAUGAGAAAUUACUUUUUAAAUGCCUUUGAGAGUCAUUUUACACACUUUUUCGGCUCUACAGACAGAGCCCACUGUCAAAGCACCGACAGCAGAGGAGGGUAACUCACCCACCACUGAUCUGUGCCUCAUAUAGCAAUGCAGCCAGAGGUCCAUCCCUGUCUCUCUUCUUAAUUUGGAGGACGUUUUACUGUGAGUGACCUCAUAGCAGGCAGACAGUGGGGACAGAAGUGUGUAAAACAAAAAAAAAAGAUUUCUGGAGCAUGGAGAUGAUCAAAUACCAGGAAAUGGUUAUUCAGAGACACUUAGCCAUCUCUUACUCCCUCUACUCCUGUCUGAUCUUCCCAAGCAGAGGCAGCAUCCACCUGAAAAAAAAAAGAAGAUAAAAAAAGAUAUCCUGAUCAGGAAGCUCCCACAUUCAGUUGCUCCAGCUGCCCCCUCAACUUAAUAAAGUGACUUUGUGUUGAACUCUGCGUUGGCACUCUCUUUUCAUGUGCUUAAUGAAUUGAAUUCUGAAAGGCCAGACAGCCCACAUGCUGCACAGUGGUAGAAAUCAGUCCAUGUUCAAAAACUCAGAUAAGAGAUUAAACAGAGUUUCAGAAAGGUGUAAAAUAUAUACAUAUGCACUAUUUGAGUUUGGACAGCAGAUCAUUGCCAUGUUGGUGUUGCAUCAUGCAGCUGUUUGAACUCCAUCUGAAGAGAAAUAUCUGACAGUCUCUUGGUUCUAACCCAUCAAAUUUGCCUAAAUUAGUAACCCCCCUUGAAAGGCUCAAAUAUUUUUAAAUGCCUAAAACUCUUGAUGGAUUUAAAUUCUUAAUGAAGACUUUCUGCAGAGUUCGUCUGCUCAGUAAGACCCUGUGCUCCACGGCACUCCACAAAGUUUGACAUGGUUUAAACAUUUUAAAAAGCGGCAUGUUGAAAGAGCACUGCUUUCUUUCUUACUUUGAUGCAUACUUUGGCAUUUUGAGAAAUUCAGCCAUUGCACAUAGUUUGCCAAGAAUGUUGAAAAUUUGACACUACAGCCGGUAGUCGCUUAGCUUAGCAUUACAGCUGAAAAUGGAGAGAAAUAGCAGGGCUCGCACAGGAGUAACAGCAUGUGCCCAAAGGUACCUCUAAAUCUCAAGUACCUACCUGUAAAAUUUGAUUAUAAAAACAUCAGAUUACAUGCAGGACUAUAUUAUAUCCCUUCACCCUGUAUCUUUAAGCUAAAGGCUAAGUUUAUUGCUAGCUGACGUUAUGAACAGGUUAUGAACAGGUUCUGGGGGUCCAGGCUUACCUAGUAAAGUCGCUGUGUCCCCUCAGCUGAAUUCUACAAUUAUACUUCAACUGCUCAGCUAAUUCAUCCAAUUUGGUAAUGAAAAGCGCAUUUGUGGUAACCAGGAUGACUAAGGAGGACACUGAACCCACAGGCCUAUUGAGGUCAGGUCAGGUCCUGAAACUAAAUUGAGAUCAUUUCAGCUUGUGCAGCUAGUUUUAGCUAGCAUGAACCUAGUCGAAUAUUGCAAAAACAUGAAAACUUGUUGAGAAUACUGUACGCUCACAGUCAGCUUUCCUACUGUGUGGUGAUUUUACUGAUCCACUUCGGCACCAAGAGAAAAUGCCCCUCCUGAUAUUUUUGCACUUUUAUAACUCUAACUACAUUUUUCUCUGAGUGUACUAUGCAUAUAUCCUUCCAAAUAUGUAUAGGGUGUUUGGGAAGUGACUUGAGCCGAAAACCCCCUGCUGGGAGGGGGCAACGUUGGUUCCCUGUCCACUUGUCAUGGUCUGCUAUUGAUCCACCCUGGCUGUAUCCUUCCACAGACAAACUAGUGUGCAAACUAGUGAAUUUCUCAACAUGUGGAACACUUCUUCUAUUUAGCCUCCCAACUUUGUGGUCAAGCUGGCAGAGAAAGAUGCAGAUUGAAGUGCUCAUGCUGGCUUCAUACUAAAAAAUGUAUUUCUUAUUGAUUCGUGCCAUCGUGGAAAUAGCACAAAGACAUGCAGUUCAUUCAAUAACUGCUGGGAAUCUGUUUUCAGUUACCCACGACUGCUCACUGAAAAUAAUGCAAACCUGUACACGGUUAGCAAACAUGUCCAAACCUUAUUUUUCUAUCUGUCUGCAUCAAAGCACAGCACAGAAUAAGUUGGACUGAUUCUCCACUAUUAGCUAAAAAGUUGCUGGCGAAAGUUUGGAAUGCAGUCAUGACUGCAGGAAAUUUAUUGACAGACCCCCUCUUAGUAGUCGCAUGCUGAGUCAGACCACCUAAGUUUAGUCAGGAUCUAAACUUAGCAUUUAAAAACACAGCUCACAGUACAAUAAAGAUAUAUAUUUAUAUAUCUAUAUUUUACACUUGGAUGUAUCUUCUGAAGAGUGUAAAGUGUCCGUUCCUGUCUGUUCAGUUUUCCCAUUCAGAUUCCCCCAUUCCCAGUUAAUAAA